GCUGCCUACCUGACAGCAGCAGGCAUCUCACAAGUGCUCAAUCGAAUGAAUCGUCCUUUCAAAGUCACUGUCGGCAUUGAUGGAUCUGUCUAUCGUUUUCACCCGUUCUUUAAGCGACUACUAGAAGAAAAGAUUAAUGUUCUUAUAACCAAAGGAGUACGAUACCAACUAAUGCUAUCAAAAGACGGUAGCGGUAUUGGUGCAGCCGUGGUGGCGGCAGUUGCUACUCGUAUGCGAAGGGAAAAGGAAAGAAAACGUGCCUAA